CCGGGGUCCUCGCGAAAAGGCAUACGCUCCCCUCCUCUCUAUUAAUCCCUGCUGGGCUUUACACAUUUUCUCCUCCGUCGAUUACAGAAGCUUUUUUUUUUCUCUUCUCAGUAUUUCGGUCGAGAAAUUCGCGAAGGGGUUUGGGGAAUUCGAGGCAAGGAUUUGCAAAAAUCAUGGGAACUUGAUGCGGCUUCCUGUGCCCGUCGCUAAUUUCUCUGUUUUAUUUGCGUGAUUUUUAGGGUUUAUCUCAGAGUUUUUUUUUUGGUUUCUCCGCCGUAUUUCGUAGAGAAAUUUGUCACUGUGAAAAAUUCGUUUUUUGGUUUCUUCCGUGCUACUGUGAAAUUCGGAAUCUUGUCAGAGAAAAGAGAAGGAAAAAGGAAAAAAAGAGCAAAAUAGUAAGGGGGAUUUUUUUGUACCUGGGUGUUUUCUGUUCACUUGAGUCGGUUAAUCUUGGGAGUGCCUGGCUCCAGCGAGAUCGAUCGAAAGGAGGGACCUUUCCUUGGUUCCUCUGCUCGAGCUGUGCUUGCGGGGUGAACCAUGUCAUCAGCGAUGGCGGCGGCGAGUGAAGCGGCGUAUGGCGGAGGCGUGCAGAAGGGGUCCCUGCAGCAGCACCAGGCGCCGCAGCCUAGCCCCGGCUCGGUCUUCUACACCCCUGACGGCAUCGCCGUCUACGCGAAACCGGCCAUCCCGCCGUUCUACCAACAGUCCGCGGGCAGCAAUGCCAUCGUGCCGGCGGCUCCGGGGCUAGCUCAUUCCUCCGCCACUUCUGAGCCCUUCAAGCGCAAGCGCGGGCGCCCGCGCAAGUACGGCCCCGCGGACGGCGCCGUGCCCCUGGCUAUCGUGCCCCCGUCGCAGCCACCCACUGCUGCUGCCCCAGCUGCCUCUGAGGCGUCACCCACGAUUCCUCCUGGCUUCGCUCCAAGCCCGCAGGGUGGUGGCGUGGUGAGUCCCCAGGCCUCACCGGCGCCGCAGCCGCCGGCGGCGUCAGGUGCUCCCGCUGUCAAGAAGCGGGGCCGGCCGCCGGGCCCCUCCAGCAAGAAGCAACAGCCGCAGGCGGCAGCGCCUGGACCAGGCUGGGCUGGAUGGAAGCCUCAUAUUUUCACAGUCCAAGCUGGAGAGGAUGUAGCAUCAAGAGUCAUGUCAUUUUCUGGGAAUGGAUGGGCAGUUUGUAUCCUCACAGCCAAUGGCGCUGUAUCUAAUGUGACCCUGCGUCAAGGAGAGUCUUCUGGUGGAACAGUAACUUAUGAGGGCCGUUUUGAGAUUCUCUCUUUGGCUGGGUCAUAUCUUCUGUCAGAAAGUGCUGGCAUGAGCAGUCGAACAGGUGGACUUAGUGUUUCUCUUGCUGGUCCUGAUGGGCGUGUUUUAGGUGGUGCUGUAGCAGGACCUCUAACUGCAGCUUCGCCAGUUCAGGUGGUCAUUGGGAGCUUUCUGGCUGAUACAAAAAUGGAGCUUGACCCUGGAUCAGCACCCGAAAAACAUGCUUUUGGAAGAUUUCCAACUGCCAGCAGUCCAUCUAGGGGUACUGAAUCCUUGGGUGGGCAUGCAAGCCCACCAAACACCACAGGCUCCUUCAGCACCAGCACACAGCCACCAGGCUUCCCAAGCUUCCCCCCGUGGAAAUGAGCUUACCAGCUAUGGUGGAGUAGGGCGUAGCCGUGGGGUUGAGGAGGGAGGGAUGGGGAUUAGACUUCAUUAGGUACUCCUGCUGAAGGAACUGAUGAUCCUCGAGCGUCAAUUUAGUUUCACCAGAUCGUUAUGAGAGUCGAUCUUAUUUAGGUACUUCUAACUGGUUACAGUGAAGUUCUGGUUUGCUGCCUGUCUUGAUAUGUUGCAUCAUUGAGGCACUCCAAAAUGGGGGUAGCAUACAGUAAAUUAGAUGAUUUUUUUCCUAUCAAAUGCCUUUUGUCAUU